ACAGCCUUGAGGAGUACAUGGAUGAAUGCUGCAGACUCAGUGAGGUACAGCAGAGCUCCAACCCUCUGGGCUCUGGACUUGGAUACCUGGAGCACAUCUGCCAGCUCAUUGAGAAGAUUGGCCAGCUGCAGGAGACCAACCUGCGGCUACAGAGACAGAUCUGCAGCCUGCAGAAAGAUGGCAGGAUGACAAAGACCAAAGAGGACUUUAUUAAUCAGCACUGCAGCUGUGGUGCAGCCAGUCUGGCCUUUCAGGACACACAGAAGCGGCAGUCCAGAAGUGAAUUUUUGUCACCCAGUGGAACCCUCUCUGACCUGUCCACCAUCCCUGAGGUCACCCGGCACCCACUCCUAUCAACCAGGAGAGACCUGAGCAACGAGGGUCUGACACCCGUACCUCUGUGGAGGAGAGGUCUGAACCGACGGAGUUACACAGAGGGGGAGAAUCGUUUCCUCAGUGACAGCACCGAAGGGCUCUCCAUCCCCCAGCGCAGGCUGAGUGAUAACUACACAUGGGGCAGAGUCAAAGAUCUAGUGAGGAAAACCAAGCUGAGGAACCAGAGCAGACUGGGACUGAGCUCCACUUCACUGAAGAUGUCCUGUCCACAACUGUACAGGCCUGAUCUGGGACCAGUAGAACCUGUUGGCAGAAACAGGAACUCCAUGAUUACCCUGGGCCAUCAAAGCAAGUUUGACUUCCCUUGGCUACAAUAAACAUCCAGAUCAGAUGGAGAUGGUCUCACACAAGAGGAGGAGGAGGAGGACAUGACACAG